AUGCGAUUUCACGGGAUAAUACAAUCGGCCGGGCUCCUUCUCCUGGAAUUUCCAAUAUUCUCCAAAGAGACAGGGCCAGAAAAGGGAAACAUCAGUCGACUACCCCGACGUGACAAAAUUCGAGAAUACAUCUCAGUCGAAGAAUCCGAUGAAGAGAGUAUGUAUAGUGAUAGUAUUCAUUAUACUACAACCAAUGGCUCUGAAAGGUGGCGAGAAGAGGCUACAGAGGAAAAGCCCCGAGCUCUUGUCCUGCAUAAAUCAGAGUCGGCUGAGUCCAAUUUUGAAAAUCCGGCGGAAGAGGCAGAGCUUCUCAGGGAUGAAAUUGCUCAGCUUAAGGCAAAACUCAAAUCGAAAAGUUCCGGUCCAGCUGCCCCUGAUUAUCGGUCUCAAACAUUUCAUUAUCUUGACGAUGCUUGCUUUCUUGAUGAACCCCGUUGGGAAACAGGAGAGUAUGCGCCAACUCUACAGGCAAACAGCAAAAUCAGCAACGUUAGCUACUAUCUAGAGCAACAUCCUGAAAUCGCAUUCUUCUUCAUGAAGGAUUACAAAAGCCGAGCACCAGCUGACCGAACAAAAAUCGAGACCCGAGAUGGAGUUUUCCGAACACCUAAACCUAUCGAGGAGAGCCUGCAACUUUUUGCUGGGGCAAUGAGAGAUGCUGUCAAUAAGGUUGUCCGAAAGGUUCCUAAUUUCUCGGAGUAUUUUCCUCACUUCGAUGUUAGGAAGCCUAUUGUUGCGCCAUAUCUAUUCAUGUUUCAUUCUGCACCUCAUCUUGAUGAUAUACUGGAGGAAAUCGACGGACUAAGCCGAAGGCUGAUACAAAAGCUGUGGAGUCAUAUCAACGAAGGCUACGGUGUCCAAUAUCUGCGCGCACGAGAAAAAACGAAAGAUGGCAAGGUCUCAGCUGAGCUUUUGAAGUAUUUGAUCAAGCCGGGGGACAUUUUGGCACAUCCAGAUGGCCCUAAUACCCGAGCUUACAUGGCCUUGCAGUGGCCUGAAGAGGAUCCACCUCCCGAUGACGGCCAUCCGGAGGAUUACGAAGAAUUCGAUCCGAUUCGAAGAAAGGAGACAUACUCAUUUCGUGAUGAUACAAACAUUAAAUCACUUCGUUACUCAUGGAGUAUUCCCGUGGCCUUUUGGGAAUUUGAUGGUGUGUUUCAAAGGUCCGAAAAAGUGCUCAAAAUUACCAUGAAGGUUUCUAUGAGAGACGAAAUCGUGGAAAUCAACAGUCUAAAGUUUUAUCCCUUGCAAUAUGCCCCACAAACAAUCGAACAAUCUUUAGAACACCGUGGGAACACUUUCUGGCAAAUACGAUCUCGAAAGUUUGUCAGUUACAGCCAGAACGAACCUGGAAACUUAACGAAUGCAGAGGAACGUUUCAUGGUCGAUAUAGAAACUUUCAAAGCACUUCACCCUAGUUCAUCUCUAGCUCGAGCUUUUCUCCGGGAUGACCUUGGCUCAGCUAUUGUUGCAGGUAAUGAUCCUUUGCCAGACGGGUUUCCUUUACUGUUACCUCCGACGGUCCCAGGAUAUAACAUGCUUCACAAAAAAUGGGUUGAUCUAUUCGUGGACCAAAUUUCAGAUAUUACAUGGAAUAAACAAGCUUUCAAGGAUUUAGUGGUGGAUUUAGAGAUCAAAGAACUCGUUCAAGCUUUGGUUACGAACCAGCUGACUAGCGUAAAGUCAACAGAUGUCAUUAGUGGCAAAGGAAACGGGCUGAUCCUGCUCCUCCACGGGGGCCCCGGGACAGGAAAGACUUUUACUGCCGAAGGCGUAGCUGAAUUCGCCGAGAAGCCGCUCUUUCGAGUCACUUGCGGUGAUGUGGGUACAGAAGCAAGAGAGGUGGAAACAAUGCUUCAAGCAGCGUUUCACCUGGGUAAAAUAUGGGAUUGUGUUGUUCUACUCGACGAAGCUGAUGUUUUUCUUGAAGAGCGCGAUAUGAGAGACUUAAAUCGCAAUGCGCUUGUCUCGGUCUUUCUUCGAGCAUUGGAAUACCAUAAUGGGAUUUUGAUAUUAACAUCAAAUCGAGUGGGUACUUUUGAUGAGGCAUUCAAGUCUCGCAUUCAGCUAGCACUGCACUACGAAAACCUCACCAAGAGCCAACGUCGUAAGAUAUGGCGUAACUUCAUGGGUCGUCUGAAAGACAUAGACGAAGACAACAUUGAAUUCGAGGAUGUCAUUGACAACCUGGAUGAGCUGAGCAGCCAUGACAUCAAUGGGCGCGAAAUUCGCAACGCACUUACUACUGCACGGCAGCUGGCUCUAUUCAAAGGAGAGAAGAUGGGCUCUGCACAUCUGAAAAAGGUUUUGCGAGUAAGCGGAAUUUUUGGUAAAUAUCUGAAAGACUUAAGAGGUGGCCUUACUGAUGAUCUUCUGAAACAUGAGAGCGGCGUCAGGCAUUCAUAUAGCGUCAAGAAAGCUGCAAGCUUUGGGUAG